CAAAACAGUAGUGAAUAAUAAGUAGUGAAGAUGGACAAAGGUAAAAACAGUGUGGAAGCAUCUUCUUCCGCUCAUAUAAGUAGUGAAUAAUAAGGAAAGGGUUUUCAAUAGUUGUAGAAAGAGAGCCCUAGCAGUCAUUUAAACUUAUAAACAGAGAGAGAUGGCAGCCGAGGUGAUCUUGAAGCUCACAAUAUGCUUCCUAGCAUUAAUGGUUGGUGUCCAAGGUGGAGACCCUUACUUAUUCUUCACAUGGAACGUCACCUACGGCACCAUCUCUCCAUUGGGAGUUCCUCAACAAGGAAUACUCAUUAACGGUCAAUUCCCAGGACCCGAAAUUAAUGCCACCAGCAAUAAUAAUAUCGUGGUCAAUGUGUUCAAUAACCUUGAUGAGCCAUUCCUUUUAACAUGGAGCGGUGUUCAACAUAGAAAAAAUUCAUGGCAGGACGGUGUACUUGGAACAAAUUGUCCUAUUGCACCUGGUACUAACUUUACGUACCAAUUCCAAGUAAAAGACCAAAUUGGUAGCUAUAUUUAUUAUCCAUCCACAGCUUUACAUAGGGCAGCCGGUGGUUUUGGUGGUCUUAGGGUUCAUAGUCGUUUACUUAUCCCUGUCCCAUAUCCUGAUCCUGCUGAUGAAUACACAGUUCUUACUGGUGAUUGGUAUGCUAAAAGCCAUAAAAUUUUGAGGGGUUUUUUAGAUAGUGGUCGUCCUUUAGGAAGACCAGAUGGUAUACUUAUUAAUGGUAAAGCUGGUAAAGUUGGGGUUAAACAAGAACCACUUUUCACCAUGGAACCAGGCAAGACAUAUAAGUAUAGAGUCUGUAAUGCUGGGCUUAAAGCUUCACUUAAUUUUAGAAUCCAAGGUCAUAAGUUGAAGCUUGUUGAAAUGGAAGGUUCACAUACUGUUCAAAACUUGUAUGAGUCCUUGGAUGUACAUAUAGGGCAAUGCUUUUCGAUCCUUGUUGCAGCUGAUCAAGACCCAAAAGAUUAUUACAUGGUAGCAUCCACUCGGUUCCUUAAAGAAGUACAAACGACUACAGCUAUCAUUAGGUACAAAAAUGACAAAGGUGAAGCUUCAACCGAGCUUCCACCUGCACCUAUUGGUUGGGCUUGGUCAUUGAACCAGUUUCGUACUUUCCGAUGGAAUCUUACCGCUAGUGCUGCUAGGCCAAACCCACAAGGAUCUUACCGUUAUGGUGCUAUUAACAUCACGCGUACAAUCAGGCUAGUAAACAGUGUUAGCAGAGCUAAUGGUAAGCUUCGUUAUGGCUUUAAUGGUGUCUCACAUACCGACCCAAAUACCCCAUUAAAAUUAGCUGAAUAUUUCAACCUUGCUGAUAAAGUCUUCAAAUACAAUGUAAUUAAAGACGAACCAGAAAAGACCACAACCCUCACCAUACAACCAAAUGUACUCAACAUGACAUUUCGUAACUUCGUUGAAAUCAUAUUCGAGAACCAUGAAAAAAGCCUUCAAUCGUUCCAUAUUGACGGGUAUUCCUUCUUUGCGGUCGCCGUUGAGCCGGGAACAUGGAGCCCUGAGAAGAGAGAGAACUAUAAUCUGCUCGACGCAGUGAGUAGGCAUACGGUGCAAGUGUUCCCUAAAUCAUGGGCUGCUAUACUUUUGACGUUUGAUAAUGGAGGCAUGUGGAAUAUCAGGUCGGAGAUAUGGGAGAGAACAUAUUUGGGGGAACAGCUUUACGUUAGUGUUCUGUCACCAGAAAAAUCACUAAGGGACGAGUACAACAUCCCUGAGAACACGCCGCUGUGUGGCAUCGUCUCCGGGUUGCCCAAGCCUUCACCUUAUACUAUCUAAAGUGGCCAUGAAUAUGAAUGCAAUGUAAUGUAUAUAUGGUUGAUGAACUCCCAUAUAUUAAUUUGACUGCAAGGGCCUCUUAUAAAUUAUGUAAUUAUUGCACGUAUAUAUAUAACAAUCCUUUCCCAUAUUUAUACUAGACUUUUUUAUUUCUA